AUGAUCCGGACAUACAAUACCUGCGCCCCAACAUCCUGUGUCGUGACUGUAUCGGACACCUUUCCCGUCACGGCAGCCAACAUCACGACCAAAACCGUCGUAGGAGCAUGCGAGGGCACGUCGACCCUGCCGGUCGAUCCGGAAGGGGACACGACUGUCAUUGUCACGAAGACGCCCACGGGAUGCGUCACUACGACAACGACGACGACGGGGCCGAAGGCGGGGACUAGGACGCUAUGGCCGAGUUCGCAUGGCGGCACGAUGACGGUCAUCGUCACCAAGACGACGAAGACGCACAGCAAGCCGCUCCACGUCUGCGGGCUCCUCCACGACGGCUACGUCCACGAAUACGUCGACGUCAGGCACGUCUACUUCAAUCACCACGCAAACGGCGACUACGUCAAGUACGUCCGCGACGACCACUACGCAGACCACACCGACGACAACAACAACGUCAUCGUCCACCUCAUCUACAUCCACUACGGCGACCACACCGACAACAUCGUCAUCAACUACCUCCACCUCAACUACAACAGAGACCACACCUACCACAUCAUCCUCAAGCACCUCAACAACUACCACUUCCACAACAAGCACAACCUCAACCACCGACACCAGCACCACCACGCCCACCACCAGUCCCACGACAACCUCAUCCUCCACAACCUCAUCCACAUCCACCACCACCACAUCCUCCACCUCCCCCACGCAAACAUGUCCCGACCUCGAAAACGGCAACUUCGGCGACACCACUGGCACCCUCGCCCCGUGACGGACCGCGCCCAGGUCUACCUCAACCAGCAGAUCCCCCGCUGCGGCGACCCCCCGCCCGUCGUCACCCUCACCAUCCGCUUCGACUACCAGUUCACCGGCGACUCCGAGGGCUGCAGCAUCGGCGCCGCCGUCAACCGCGACCCCAACAACCUCGUCACCGUCACCGACGAGGGCGUUACCCCCGGCGAGUGGCAGCAUUACGAGGGGCAGCCCAUCAUGGUCCAGUUGACGUAUGAUUCCCUCUUCACGCUGAAGCUCAUGUGCGACUCGGAUACGCCAAACAUGCCGGGCAUUCUCAUCACCGACAUCACAAUCUAUUAA